AUGUUGUCUGGUGUGACCCAAGCGAAAGUUUAUGCAUACGAAGUAGCACUCUUCGGCGAGUUCUUCGCUCGCGAUCUCAAGGCCAUUCUCAACCGGAUCACUCUCCACACGGAGUCUGCGGCGCCGAUGCAUACCCGCGAAAUCGUUUUCGAACAUCUCGGUACCCAUCUCUUACAGUCUCAAGGUGAAGAGCCAGUCUUGUUAAGGGCGAGGAAAGACGUUGGCGAUAGCGAUGCGAGAGAAAGCGGAUGGACACUCUACUCGUAUCUCAAACCGGAAUCAGUGCGUGUACACCCCGAAGCAACAGUCCGCCCAUGGGCAACUUGCGAAGUCAUGGGGGACGCGUUAAGUCUUGCCAGUGCCCUCGGAUAUGUGCAACGUUCGCAGAUAUACAAACGCGGCUAUGUCUUUCGUCGCGGACCCCUUAUCAUCCAGAUGUUCCAGCAGGGGCAGGUGGACCCCAAAACAUCAUUGCCGAUUCCAGCCCACACAGAUACUUUAUGGGAAGUGGAAGUCAAAACAGCAACACCGGUCAACACUACGGCCCCCCAGAGUGGGCAGAUGCAAGCAAACACUGUGCGUUCAGCCAUAGAGGCCGUGCUGGAGGUCCAGCUUAUCAUGAAGGGAUUGCUUGACCUGAGACGACAAGACAUCUGA